GUGUUAUAUGACGUCAUAUGACAGAACUCACAACACUAAUUACAAUGUAUUGCAGUUCUAAUGUAAUGAUUAUGAAAUACAUGGCGUGUAUUGUAAGGUUAGUGCAGUUAAGGGUGUUAUGAGUGCUAAUCAGUGCUAAUCAGUGAUUGAGUGGUGAAAUGGAGGCAACAAUUGGUCAGAAGAAGUGGAGAACAGAUUUGUCACAUCUCUUCAAGUGUUGGUCUCUAAUCAAGACAUCGGAACUCAUUAAAGACAAGGCAUAUGAAGAACUCAAGACAUUCUCUGCCGAUCGCAGAGCCAUUGAACGACUCAACCAAACCAUCAAAAGAAAUGAUUUGAAGACCAGUUUUGAUCAAACCAUCAGUUUAUGGAAUAAAGCAAUCGAUCAGUACUUAAAUCAGAGAAACUUUUUCGCUGCGGCAGAAUGUAUGGAGAGUUUGGCCGAAAUUGAGUUCAAAUUUGGUGAUAAACACGCGAAGAGAGUGUCGUUAUCAACACUACUGAAAGCCAGCAAAUACUUCAAGAAAGCGUCUCAACCGAAAAGAGCACUCAUUGUACUGAAACGGGUGCUCACUAUCCUUGAACUCUCCCCAAAGAACGACAUCUCUAUCAUUGCUGAUAGAUAUGAAGACUGUGUCCAACUUUAUCUGUCCCUCGAUUUGCCUCAUUUGGCAAAUGUAUCACAAAAAAUGCAUCAAUUCCUGGACCCACAGAAGGCAGAGAAGGCCUCUUUCUGCUCACUAGAUAAAUGUAAGCUGGAAUCGUACGAUCUUCCGAUGCCGUCUCGGGUGUCCACCCCUUCCACUGUGCGAACCAAUAACAGCGAUGACGAAGACUCUUAUGAUAACCAGUGUUUUGGCGAACAGACUAUUGAACAUCAAAUUGAGGACAAGGAAUGGGUUCAGCAACAGAUCCGACUCCUCGAUCAACACAACACUUCACUUUUCGCCACCAAUUAUACUGACAUUAAUGAUGAUAACUGUCAGCACACAAGCGAUGAAGAGCUCGACUUAAAUAUAAAGCAAAACUUCAAACCAACUUGGUCAAUCUAUCUCGAGUGCUGCAGCAAUGAGUUUGGCCAACCCGUCACACCAGACACAAUCAGUUGA